AUGAUCAAGUUGCACUUUCAAAACCUUCUUUUUCAAUCACUUUUUGUCAAUCUUUUCUCUCUUACUACUAUCCUUAUCUAUCUACAUUGUGGUAAUGCUGUGAAUCUACCAAACAAUGAAACAGUCCCAGCAGUCUUUGUGUUUGGUGACUCUGUAGUUGACUCAGGUAAUAACAACUACAUCAAUACCAUGGUCAAGUGCGAUUUUCUACCUUAUGGUCAAGACUUUGGUAGUGGAAAUCAUCCAACUGGAAGAUUCAGCAAUGGUUUAGUUCCUUCAGACAUCAUUGCUUCAAAAUUUGGAAUCAAGAAGCUUUUGCCAGCUUCUCUUGAUCCAAAGUUGCAACUUGAAGAUCUUCUAACAGGUGUAAGCUUUGCCUCUGGUGGUGCUGGAUAUGAUCCUCUGACUUCUCAAUUAGCAUCUGUGAUAUCAUUGUCAGAACAAUUGGACAUGUUCAAAAAGUACAAAAAUAAGAUAAAUGAAGCAAUUGGAGAAGAGAGAAUGAACAUGACAAUAUCAAAGAGUGUAUAUAUUAUUUGCAUAGGAAGUGAUGACAUUGCCAAUACUUAUGCUCAAACACCAUAUAGGAGAUUCAACUAUGAUAUUCCAUCAUACAUAGACUUUUUGGCUUCACAAUCCUCAAACUUCUUGCAGGAACUCUAUGGUUUAGGAGCUAGAAGAAUUGGAGUAUUAGGUAUGCCAAAUAUAGGGUGUGUGCCUUCACAAAGAACAAUUGGAGGAGGCAUGGAUAGAGGAUGUUCAGACUAUGAAAACACAGCAGCAAGACUCUUCAACUCCAAACUAGUAUCUCAAUUGGAUGCAUUUCAAUAUAAAUUUCCAGAGGCUAAGUUUGUCUAUCUUGACAUUUACAAUCCAUUAAUGCAUAUGGUUCAAAACCCUGCUAAAUAUGGUUUUGAAGUAGCAGACACAGGAUGUUGUGGAACAGGAGCCAUAGAAGUAAGCAUAUUGUGUAACCGUUACAGCUUAGACAUAUGUUCAAACCCUUCAAGCUAUAUAUUCUGGGACAGUUACCAUCCUACACAAGAGGCAUAUAAUUUGCUUUGUUCAAUGGUCCUUGAUCACAAAAUCAAUGACUUCUUCUAGACCAAUUUCAGUCUCAUUCUUGCUUCUACUUUCAACAUUUUUUCUUCCUGUUUUGAAGUGGCCAUGAUAAUCAAUUUGUCUCAAAUUGUCCUUGUUUUGGAAAAUAAUUGGCAAAGAGAAAUUAAUUUGGAACAAUUUAUUUCUCCAAACGACUUAUAAUUUGAAACGGAUGGAAUAUAAGUUCAUCCACUAUAAACUAGCUUAUCAGCUAUCUGCUAUUUUAUUUUAUUUUAGUAACUCUUUGACAGAUAAAGUAUUUUGUUGAACAGAGUUACUAUAUUCGUUUACCAUAUUCAUUUGCUAUUUUGAAAAUGAAAUUCUAAUAUUUAUAUUUGCUACACUUAUAAAUUAAUGUUGUCACUUGCAUCCUA